UUCUUCAUUUUUUCCAUUCAUUUUCAUUAUUGAAAGGCUCUCUUCUCAAACGGAUCCGAAGGAAACGGACACAUAAAUUCGGUCAGUGACACAGAAACGAACGGGAGCGAGGGAGUCUUAACUCUUCUUAUCAACCGUCUGUAGCAGAACCUUAGCGAAGCAACCCUUGAUUCAGCCUCAAGCAUUCAAGGGAAUCCUCAGGCUUCAGCAAACAAUGGCGUCUCUCAAUUUCUCCUAUUCUUCUCCAGCAUCUCUCUCGCGUCCUAGUGUUCUAUGCAGGGCAUGCCAACAUUUAAAAUUGUUCAAUGGGUUGCAUUCUAUUCAAGGACUUGCAUCUGAUUUGGCAAUUGUUCGAUUAAAUUCUAAAUUCUUGCCAAGUGUCAGGAGUGUUGGUAAAAUCAAGGCAACUCUGAUAUCUGGAGGAGACGACAUUGUUUUAAAUUCAAAUGGAAAUAAUGUCGAGAAACAAGCAAUUGGACAUGGAAUACAAGCAACUAAUACAGUGGCAACAAGCAUGGGUUUUCCUGUUGAUAAUGAUGAAUUUGAUUUGCCCACAGAAGGUUUUGCUUCAAUCCCUGAGGCUAUUGAGGAUAUUCGCCAGGGAAAGAUGGUAUUGGUUGUAGAUGAUGAGGACAGGGAAAAUGAAGGAGACUUGAUAAUGGCAGCACAAUUGGCAACACCUGAGGCUAUGGCUUUUAUUGUGAAGCAUGGAACUGGGAUAGUUUGUGUAAGCAUGAAAGAGGAAGAUCUGGAGAGAUUGGAACUUCCUUUGAUGGUAGACAGUAAGGAUAAUGAUGAGAAACUUCGUACUGCAUUCACUGUGACAGUGGAUGCUAAACAAGGUACCACCACAGGGGUGUCAGCAAGGGAUAGGGCAACAACAGUCUUGGCUCUUGCAUCCAAAGAUUCAAAACCAUCUGAUUUUAAUCGUCCAGGCCAUAUAUUUCCAUUAAAAUACCGGGAAGGUGGAGUCUUGAAGAGAGCUGGACAUACAGAAGCGUCAGUUGAUCUUGCCAUACUUGCAGGUUUGGAACCUGCGGCAGUUCUAUGUGAAGUUGUAGAUGAUGAUGGUUCCAUGGCUAGACUGCCAAAGCUUCGCCAGUUUGCAGAGCAUGAAAACUUGAAAAUAAUUUCUAUCGCUGACUUAAUAAGAUAUAGAAGGAAGAGAGAUAAAUUAGUAGUUCUUGCUGGUGCUGCGCAAAUACCUACAAUGUGGGGCCCGUUCACUGCUUACUGUUACAGAUCACUUUUAGAUGGGAUGGAACAUAUUGCAAUGGUUAAGGGUGACAUUGGGGAUGGAAAAGAUGUUCUCGUGAGGGUGCACUCUGAAUGUCUCACUGGAGACAUAUUUGGAUCUGCCAGAUGCGACUGCGGGAAUCAGCUUGGGCUUGCGAUGCAGCAGAUUGAGGCUGCUGGCAGGGGUGUCCUGGUAUAUCUUCGAGGACACGAAGGAAGAGGCAUCGGGCUCGGCCACAAGCUUCGUGCAUAUAACUUACAGGAUGAUGGACGGGAUACUGUAGAAGCCAAUGAGGAGUUGGGGCUGCCUGUUGACUCGAGAGAAUACGGCAUUGGUGCACAGAUGUUGAGGGACUUGGGUGUUCGAUCGAUGAAGCUGAUGACAAACAAUCCGGCAAAAUAUGUUGGGCUUAAAGGUUAUGGUUUGACAAUUUCUGGUAGGAUCCCGUUAGUAACCCUUAUCACAAAGGAGAACCGGAGGUAUUUGGAGACCAAACGUGCCAAGAUGGGCCACAUUUAUGGCUUGGAAUUUCACAACCAGUUGAGCAGUUAUGCCACUGGAAAUGGUAAAGCCAAUGCUGGUGAUUCAAAUAAUGCUGUUCCUGGUUCAUGAUCUUCCUGCUUUGCAAAUUUUCCGAGAAUGAGAGCUUACGAGAGAGAUUUAUUUACCAUAUUUAGAAAACUUAGGUGAAAUGUUUCUGAUGUUCACUAUCAAGUUCUUAUAUAAGAACAUGAUAGGUGGACAAUUUCAUGUAAUUUUUUUAUUUGAAAGAAUUGAUAGCAAAUGCUUGGAAGUUUAAAUAGGUGAAUUCAUCAAGUGAGAGAAACAUGAUUCUACUGGUGGUUUGAUUUGUCUAUCUUUUUUCUUGGUCCUUCCUCAAGCCAAGCUUAGCUUGUGUUUGUACGUGAGCUUGAAAAUGUGUGUUUGUGAGAGUGUGUUGCAUAUUGUUGGUGGUGGUGUUGCCUGUCGCUGCCGCCUUUAUGAGUUGUAAAAAUUGCAUUCUUUGUGGGCAACACUUCUUUUUAUGUAUGAAUUGUUUUUCUUGUUUUUC